GCCGCCGUAUAAAAGCGCGUCCGCGCCCGCCCCGCCCGGGCUGCGGUGGCGGCGGCGGCUCCGCUCCAGCCCCGCACUCAGUGGCAACAUGUGGCUCCUGGAACGGCUGCGCGGCGUGGCGGAGAAUGGCGGGUCCCGGGGUGCAGGGCCGGAAGAGUCCCCGCGGGGGUCCCGCUACAGCAACGUCCUCACCCCCGACAAGAUCCCCGACUUCUUCAUCCCACCCAAGCUGAGCGCGGCACCCGCCGAGGCCGAGGGCCCUGAGACCCCCGCAGCGCCCGCCCUGGGCCCCUCAGCCUCAGAGCAGGACCUGGCCGGGCGCAAACCCCCACGCAGCCCCCGGCCGUCCAGCCGGUCCCGGCCGCGGGCCGCUGGCCGGCACAUCAUCCAGAUUGAGAGCGCCGAGGACUGGACGGCCGAGGGGGGCUUCGGCACCAACGUGGACCCGCAGGCGCAGACGGCCAUGUCGCUGCCCUACGUGCCCAAGGCACAGACCUCCUAUGGCUUUGCCACGCUGGUGGAGAGUCCCCACACACGGCGCAAAGAGUCGCUUUUCCACAGUGAGCACAGCAGCCUCUGCCCCUCACCGGCCACCUCGCCCAGCACCCAGCGCAGAGCCAAGCUCAAUGGCGAGAGCGGGCCCCGGGCGCCCGCUGACCUGGGUGCAGCCCUCAUGCACCCCGGCCGCUACUUCAGCGGCGGCGAGAGCGACACGUGCUCCUCAGCCGAGUCCUCGCCCUUCAGCUCCCCGCUGCUCUCCCGCUCUGUUUCCCUGCUGAAGAUCUUCAGCCAGGAGAGCCAGUCCAAGGUCAUCAAGCUGAAGCACUCGGUGGCCCGCAACAGCUCACUGUCCACUGACGACAGUUCAGCUGACACCAGCCCCAGCGCCCAGCGCCGUGCCAGGAGCGCCCCAGCCGGGGGGCAGCCACCCACUGCCCUGCUGCCCCUGGACCUGCCACCGGGCCGCGACCGGGAGCACAGCCUGCGGCUCAGCCGGGGUGGGAGCCUGCGCCUGGCUGCUGACUACGACCCCUCCAACGCCCGGCUGCGCGUGCGGCUCGUCUCCGCCGAGGACCUCUACGAUGCCCUCGUCGACCUGCGCAGCAUCAACUGCUGCGUCUCCCUGUGCCUCAACCCCGGGAAGCUGCAGAAGCAGCGCAGCACCAUCGUCAAGAACAGCCGCAACCCCAUCUUCAACGAGGACUUCUUCUUUGAUGGGCUGGGCCCUGGCCACGCCAGGAAGAUGUCCCUGAAGCUCAAGGUGGUCAACAAGGGCAGCAGCCUUAAGCGGGACACGCUGCUGGGAGAGAAGGAGCUGCCGCUCACCGCCCUCCUGUCCUGCCUGUAGGCGCUUGCUGCCAGCCCCGGAGAUUGCUGCCUGCCUGUGGGGCCAGGGCGAGGGGGGGAGGCCGGCCCUGUCCCCCAGCCCUGCUGGAGGAGGGCUUGGAAGGGCCCUCGGAGGAGGGACGGGGCCGUGGCAGAGCGUGGGGGUCCACGGGGGCGGCACUGCUGUGGGGCUCUGCCAGCACCAGCCCUCCUGCAGUAGAGCAGGCAGGGCUGGCAGCUGCAGCCUCUCCCCUCUGCUCCCUCCCUUCUCCCUCCUGGGGCUGCAUCUCCCGGAGCCCAGUGGGGAGGCACCGGCCCCAUCUCCACCGGGAAGGAUGGAUGUCAACUGCUGGGCUCUUCCCUCCCUGGUGCCUGUGGUCUCCAGCUGGCCAGCACGAAGGUUGGAGGUGGGUAGAUCUCUGUAGCAUACUUACUGCCACCUCUCUCAAAGCCCCAGCUCCUGGAGUCAGGUGGUACCAUCAAUCUCGGCUUUAAUUUAAAAGACAAGUUUCUAGUCUUGGAAACUGCAGAGAAAAUACUGCAGAGGUGACCCAAGAGUGGGCCAAGGGAGGUGACCCUGGGGGAUGAGUCAGGUUUGUGGUUUUUGAGCCUUUCCUGGACUUCUCCCAGCCCUGCGGGACUGCACAGAUGUGCAAGUCGGCUUGGUCUGACAGUGCAGCCUCCCAGGAUGCCCUCCCUGCCCACCCCCAGCAGUGUCCCCCCCGCUGCUGACCCCCUGCAGGAAAUGGCUCAUGGAGCUUUAGGGGCUUUGGGUUUGCUCAAAUCCAGGAGGCUGCCUGUGCCUGUCCCCUGCCCAUGGGAGGGAGAUGCCAGGGGCUGGCACUGCCAUGGGGGGCCUGGCACCCCUCGCCCUGGGCACAUGGGUGGUCCCGGGCAGUGUCCCAGCAGACAUCCUUGCUGACAAAAGCCAAGGCGACAGGAGUAGCCUCCCUGUGUGCUGGCGGUCUGGCUGGCACUGGGGACAUCCCCUGGUGUUGCUGGGCAGGAGGCAGGCUGAGGCUCCCCUACCCUCUGCCCUCCCUUGCCUGCGGGGGCUUAUGAGCAGCUGCACCCGCCAGGCCAGAGCGAUAUGUCCCAUGGGGCCAUGAAGCCCCUGUGCCCAGCGGGACACAGCUCCCCAAAGGGACUGGCCUGGCUCUGCAGUUUCCCUUUUGGGCGGAGUGGGGUGCUCCCACUGCUUCCCAUCCCUCCCUGCCAUCCCAGUCAACUGGCUGAAGGCACUGGGGGUGGGAGAAAUGCCAGCCGGGGCAUUUCUGCAGAUGGAUAAAACAGACACCUUGUUGUUGUUUGGUGUGGUGUUACCCAUUGCAUCGGGCUCUGCAUGUUUCUGUGGAAGGGAGCAGAAUUCACAGUGCUCCUGUCCCUGCCUGUUGCAGCACGCGUGGACACACGCACACACAUGUGUCCCUCUGUAUUAACCUCUGUUGGUGGCAGUUGAUGUUCCUUCUUUGUCCUUUGCAGCAGAUGGCAGAUUUCAGUGUUGGCUAUUUAUAUCUGAGGCUGAUCUUUCCCAGCGUGUUUUACUUAUGUCUGUAAAUAUGUUUCAGGUACGCGAGGCAUGGUUCUGAUAGCACGGUGUUUGCAUGUCGGGGGGAUUUGGGGUGAUCGUGGCUGUUUGUCGAGCUUGUGGCUGAAAACAAACCGUGCAGGACGUAAGGAGCAGACACAUCCCUCCUUCGCGGGGGGCUU